AGUAUCAUGAACAGCGCUGGAACCUCUGAAGAUACCAAGCCUUUGCCAAAUUUCCAACGGAUGGGAGCGAUGAAUUAUUCAUCCCCAAGUCCAGGAUCCCUCACAAAGCAUGUGUGCGCAAUUUGUGGCGACAGAUCAUCAGGGAAGCACUAUGGGGUGUACAGCUGUGAAGGCUGCAAAGGAUUCUUUAAGCGGACAGUGAGAAAGGACCUCGUCUACACAUGUCGAGAUAAUAAAGACUGUCUGAUCGACAAGCGUCAGCGAAACCGUUGCCAGUAUUGCCGUUAUCAGAAAUGUCUAGCAACAGGCAUGAAAAGAGAAGCGGUUCAAGAAGAGAGGCAGAGAAGCAGAGACCGGAGUGAGAAUGAAGUGGAAUCUACAAACAGCAAUGGUGGGAGUCUUGAAGAUAUGCCUGUGGAAAGGAUUUUAGAAGCUGAAAUGGCAGUUGAACCAAAGUCUGAAUCAUACGGUGAUGUGAGUGCAGAAACCUCGACCAAUGAUCCUGUCACCAAUAUUUGCCAUGCAGCUGAUAAACAGCUCUUCACAUUGGUUGAAUGGGCCAAGCGGAUUCCGCAUUUCUCAGACCUGACAUUAGAAGACCAGGUUAUCCUCCUCCGAGCAGGUUGGAAUGAACUGCUGAUUGCCUCUUUUUCCCAUCGCUCUGUUUCUGUACAGGAUGGUAUCUUACUGGCCACUGGCUUACAUGUGCAUCGGAGCAGUGCACACAGCGCUGGGGUGGGCUCCAUAUUCGACAGGGUUCUUACUGAGUUGGUAUCCAAAAUGAAAGACAUGCAGAUGGACAAAUCUGAACUGGGGUGUCUGCGAGCCAUUGUCUUGUUCAAUCCAGAUGCCAAAGGCCUUUCCAGUCCCGCAGAGGUAGAACUGCUACGUGAGAAAGUUUAUGCUACCUUGGAGGCAUACACAAAACAGAAGUAUCCUGAGCAACCUGGAAGAUUUGCUAAACUUCUUCUCAGGCUGCCUGCAUUGCGCUCUAUUGGACUGAAGUGCUUGGAACAUCUCUUCUUCUUCAAGCUAAUAGGUGAUACCCCUAUUGACACCUUUCUUAUGGAGAUGUUAGAGACACCCCUGCAAAUCACCUAAUGAAGACAGAAUGCUAACAAGAAAGCGCAAAGGACACCACCGAAGGGGUUUUCUUCCUGCUCUGACUGCUUUCACUCAUUCCAUUCUCCUGACCUCCUGUAUGGAAUAAC